AUCCGGUCCGGCCCGGAGGCGCUAAGUAGCUUCCGGGAGCCGAGACCCGGCUUCUCCGUGCGCGGUGUCCCUAAGGACGGAGUGGGGUGGGCUCCCAGCUUGGGCCGGCCUCGGUCCGCGUGCGCGCUGCGUGUGAGCCGUCGGCCCGGAACCUGCGUGAGAUCGGGCCCGCGGGGUUCGGGGACUGGGAAUACAGAACGAUGGAGUAUAUGACAGAACCCACCGACCGCAAACCUGGACAUAUCUUGUGCUGUGAGUGUGGUGUUCCAAUUAGUCCAAAUCCUGCCAAUAUUUGUGUGGCCUGUUUGCGAAGUAAAGUAGACAUCAGCCAAGGUAUUCCGAAACAAGUCUCGAUUUCUUUCUGCAAACAAUGUCAAAGGAGCCGUAUAUUGAAGACAAUGUCUGGAAGCUUCUACUUUGUAAUUGUUGGCCACCAUGAUAAUCCAGUUUUUGAAAUGGAGUUUUUGCCAGCUGGGAAAGCAGAAUCCAAAGACGACCACCGUCAUCUGAACCAGUUCAUAGCUCAUGCUGCUCUCGACCUGGUAGAUGAGAACAUGUGGCUGUCGAACAACAUGUACUUAAAAACUAUGGACAAGUUCAAUGAGUGGUUUGUGUCAGCAUUUGUCACGGCAGGGCAUAUGAGAUUUAUUAUGCUUCAUGACAUAAGGCAAGAAGACAGAAUAAAGAACUUCUUUACUGAUGUCUAUGAUUUAUAUAUAAAGUUCGCAAUGAAUCCAUUUUAUGAACCCAGUUCUCCUAUUCAAUCGAGCGCAUUUGACAAUAAAGUUCAAUUUCUUGGGAAGAAACACCUUUUAAGCUGAAUGAAGAAAAAUUCUGAAAUAAACAAUGUUACAACAAUGGAGUAUACUCAGGGAUGUGUACAUUGUAAGCAACUUGAUUAAAUAGCCUGGAAAACUUUUA